CAUCAAAUUAAUAAAGAAAUCCAGAGUCUAUCUUUCCCUGUCUAUAAAUAUGUACCCAAAAGCACUUAUCCCUACCAAGUUCUAGCUAGCAACAAAAGCCCAGUUUUACUGUGCUUGCCUAGCUAAAUGGACUACCUCACUACCACUGACUCUAACUCAAAUAAUUUCGCCAGCUCUUGUUCUUCCGUGACAAAAAACAAUCGUGGUGGUGGGAAGAACAAAAGUAAUGGAGUGAGGCUGUCCACUGACCCACAGAGCGUUGCGGCUAGGGAGAGGAGGCACAGGAUCAGCGACCGCUUCAAGAUCUUGCAGAGCUUGGUUCCUGGCGGGACAAAGCUGGACACGGUGUCCAUGCUGGAGGAGGCCAUCCACUAUGUGAAGUUCCUCAAGACUCAGAUAUGGCUUCACGAGACCAUGAUCAACAUUGCGGACGAUUACCAUGAUCCCUUGUCGUCAUCAUCACCACCGUCCAUGUUGAUGGAUAUUCCAGCUCAUGAUCAUGAUCUUCAUCCAAUUGGGUUUCUUGAUCAUGAUCUUUGUCCAACUGGGUGCUUUGAUCAUCUUUCUCACCAGCUUCAUCAGCAGACUCAUGAUGUGUACGCUCACAGCGAUUUCGUUAGUGCUGCUGCUUCAGUGCAACCACCGUCACCACCAGCAGUUAAUAUUCCAAUAAUGCCCGAGUACAAUUGCUUCCAAAGGUCAAGGAACAAUUGGCAAUAUUGAAGCCUAUAUGAAAUAUUUUAGCUAGCUUUAGUAAAGAGGGGACGGGCGAGAGGGUUCUCCGUGCAAUGGUUCUUUUCUCAAGGAAACGGUUUGGUACCUCGCAUCACCAUUGACGAAGAGCUAAUUUCGCUUAAUCUUAAUUUAUUUUCAUCAGAAAAUAGCUAGCUUAAAUCUCUGUCUCUCUCUUAGGUUAUGAAUUAGUAUGUUGGGGAGUUAGAUGUGAUUAUAUGGUAGUAUGGUGUGUUUCAAUAACAAAAAUGUUUCUUUUAACUAAUGUUACUUUGUGUUGCUCUAAAAAUGGAAAGGAAUGUUCUCUGU